ACAUUUAUGCUUGACGAUUAGUGUCAGAAUUAAUGUGUGGUAGAAUUUCAAGCAAACAAAAUAGGAAAGAAGAAAGAAACACGGUGCGGUAGAAUUUCAAGCAAACAAAAUAGGAAAGAAGAAAGAAACUCGGUGCAAGACUUUCAUGCAUGUCCUAUAUAUAGAAUUUUUUUUUUUUUUUUUUCUUUUGAUAAUUAUGUCCUAUAUAUAGAUAUUUGUUAUCCUUUUUGUUACUUAUAUACUUACAUAGUCAUUUAGUUUAGCAUGAUCAUGGGUUGAUCAUUCUGCCAACCAUUGAUCGUAUUUAUUCCUAAGUUCUGCAGUGGAGAUCAGUCUGAGGUUCAUUGCAUCGAAAGCGAGCAACAGGCACAACAUCUCAGACUAAGCUUAAUAGUUCCACGGAUACUGCUGUAACACCUCAAGGUCUUGUGUUAAUGUUCCAAACUUACCAGCUGAUACCUAGGCUUGUGGGCUAUCACAGGUUUAAUUUUGAGAGAGAUGGAGAAACAUUUGGAGGAACAUCAGGGUCCAGCUAUUGAUCCUAAGUUCUGCUAUGGAAACUCUGAGGUUCAUUGCAUCCAAAGUGAGCAACAGGCCCUUCUCAGAUUCAAGCAAGAUCUUACUGAUCCUUUAAACCGGCUUGCCUCUUGGGCUGGUGAUGGGGAUUGUUGUCAAUGGGUGGGAGUUGUCUGCAACAAUGUUACUGGUCACGUCCAAGAACUCCAUCUCAGAAGCUUUCCUCCUCCUCUGAUCAAAUUCUUUUCAAUUGACACCCAGUAUGAAGCUGCUAUUCAAUCUUAUUCACAGUCAAUGUUUGGUGGACUUGUUUGUGGUUGAUGGUGAUUCUGUGGAUAUUGAAAGGGCAAAUCUUGUGAUAAAGGGGCAAGUUCUUGAGUAUACCACCAAUCUUGGACUAGUAAGAACU